UUGGCCCUACCAGGCAGGCGGGCUCAGGCCAGCAGAGCAGGCCAAGCCAAGCCUGUCAGGGAUGCACAGCUACCCCAAGCCCCUCCCCUCCCAGCUCAGUAAUCAUGGCUUCUGACUCCACCAAGCAGCUUUCUGUGCAAACUUUCCCAGCCUGGAAAGAGUGGAAAGAAAUCAGCUGCUGAGAGCCAGUCCCCCAGUACCCUCUACGAAGUUGCCCCUGCAAAUUAAGUGCAGAAGUGAUCCUAAUGGCCGAAGGCAAAAAAAAAACAAAACAGCUCCGUGUCACUACUAGCUCAGGUUCCUGAGAGCCCCACACCAGGACCAGCCCCGCCCUGCGCCCAGCCUACGGAAUCUACAAGCUAUGCCGGAGGGUGCCCGCCAAGAGAGGAUGCCUAGCAGUUUUCACAGCCUAGGAAUUUCCAGUUUGGAAACUAACCGGGGAUUAAUCUGUGUUCAACCCUUUUUGAUUUAAGGCUAAUUUGAAGCUCUCUUCCACUGUGGUGGUGCCUGGGUGCAAACAAACAAACAAACAAACAAACACAAAAAAACUGAUUCCUGUAACUAAGCCUAGUGUUUGGCUGAGGGGCAGGCAAGGUGCCUGCUUUCUCAGCUACAAAGGGCUCUGGAUUUGUACAGCUGCUGUUACUGGAUUAUUUGCAACCAUCCCUGGAGGGCUCCACCACUUUGGCCACCCUGCCUCAGGCCUGAAGCUCAGCUCCACACAAAAAGAGUAACCUUGAAGGAGUCCAAAAAGAAUGUGACAGCUAAUGGCAAGGUGCCAGUAUGCUAUGAGGUAGGACCCUUGUCCCUGCAGAAGAUGGCUGCAGAACUUUACUCUACCAGUGCUAAUACCAACAUCACAAACAGUAAUUCCACUACUACUGCUACCACAAUCACUGUAGCCAAUACCAAGAAUAGCAUCCUUCAUCUUCAUCAAACAGCACAAUCUCCACCACCAGCACAAGUGCAAAGCCUUAACAAUAACUUAGAAAGUACCAACUGGCAGUCAUUCUAUCCUACUCUCCGAGAGAGGAAUGCAAUGAUGUUCAAUAAUGAACUCAUGGCCGAUGUGCACUUUAUCAUUGGCCCUCUGGAGGCAUCAAAGCGAGUCCCUGCUCAUAAGUAUGUGCUGGCAGUUGGCAGCUCUGUCUUCUAUGCCAUGUUUUACGGUGAUCUUGCAGAAGUCAAAUCUGAAAUCCAUAUACCUGAUGUGGAACCCGCAGCUUUUCUCAUCUUGUUAAAGUACAUGUAUAGUGAUGAAAUUGACCUGGAAGCUGACACUGUGCUUGCAACUCUUUAUGCUGCCAAGAAGUAUAUUGUUCCAGCUUUAGCAAAAGCUUGUGUCCAUUUUCUGGAGACUAGUUUAGAGGCAAAAAAUGCUUGUGUUUUGCUCUCCCAGAGCCGACUCUUUGAGGAACCUGAAUUGACCCAGCGUUGCUGGGAAGUGAUUGAUGCUCAAGCAGAGAUGGCAUUAAAGUCAGAGGGAUUUUGUGAAAUAGAUCAACAAACAUUAGAGAUUAUCCUGACCAGGGAAUCACUAAACACCAAGGAGGUGGUUAUCUUUGAAGCUGUUCUGAAUUGGGCAGAAGCUGAAUGCAAAAGAGAAGGUUUGCCAAUUACACCAAGAAAUAAGAGGAAAGUGUUGGGAAGAGUUUUAUUUUUAGUACGAAUUCCAACUAUGACACUGGAGGAGUUUGCCAAUGGUGCUGCUCAAUCAGAUAUUCUAACCUUGGAAGAGACACGAAGCAUAUUCCUCUGGUAUACAGCUACCAAGAAACCACAGUUAGAGUUUCCACUGACAAAAAGGAAAGGCCUUGCUCCUCAGAGAUGCCACCGAUUUCAAUCAUCUGCAUAUCGGAGCAAUCAAUGGAGGUACCGGGGACGAUGUGACAGCAUCCAGUUUGCAGUAGAUAAAAGGAUAUUUAUUGCAGGACUCGGAUUAUAUGGAUCAAGCUGUGGGAAAGCUGAGUACAGUGUGAAAAUUGAACUUAAACGGCUAAAUGUUGUUCUUGCUCACAAUCUGACCAAGUUCCUCUCAGAUGGAUCCAGUAAUACAUUCUCAGUCUGGUUUGAACAUCCAAUUCAAAUUGAACAAGAUACAUUUUAUAAUGUUAGUGCCAUCCUGGAUGGUAAUGAACUUAGUUACUUCGGACAAGAGGGAAUGACUGAAGUUCAGUGUGGAAAAGUGACGUUUCAGUUCCAAUGCUCCUCAGAUAGUACCAAUGGCACUGGAGUCCAAGGAGGACAGAUUCCAGAGCUCAUUUUCUAUGCAUGAGACAACUUAUGAGGAUUGUAUUUCAAUACUGCUAUGAACAUGAAAGGGACUUGUUCAAAACUAGAAACUUCUACAGCUGUUUCAUGUUCAGCUAUUACAUUGCUCUUAAAAUAGCAGCCUCUCAGUCUAAAUAAAAGAAUGCUCUUGCAUUUAGUUCUAUUUUAUUUAUUCUAUAUGUAGACAACUAACUUGUAGAUUAUGACUGACCUUGAAAAAAUGUUCCAAAAUAAAGCUGUUUAUGAACCUGUGAAAUAUAAAUCAUUUUUGUUUACCCUAAA